UCUGGCCCGGCGCUUCAGCUGCAUCAGCCUCAUGUCAUUCAUUUAUGAGAUGAUUAUCUCCAUGUACUGCAGUCUACGUGACGGUUCUGUUUCCACCAAAAAGAGGUCAACACACUGUGUGACUUUAGUUGUGCUAUUUGCCUGUCUGACCAUCUUGGGCAUUCUGCUUGCCGUCGCUAUAUUGGAGAGACCCCAAUCCCCCCAAAGUCACAAAAUUCUUCCUCUGGACACCGAUGGUGAUGAUCUUUCUGUUGACCAUUGCAGUAUGGCUCUGGUUGAAAGCAUUCCUCAACACGUGCAAUACAAAGCCAAUGUAACAUUUGGGAUCCCUUUGGAAAAAGCUUGGAAAGAUCUUCUCUCCAAGGCAACGCAAGAGCUAGAAGUGGUGUCCUUUUACUGGAUGUUGACUGGGGAGGACAUCAAUGUCAACUCUUCCUCUGAUAUAACUGGGCGGGAAAUCUUGGAGCAGCUUCAGUCGCUUCCCUCCAGGAACAUCUCAGUCCGAGUAGUGACCAGCCUUCCUUCCCUUGGGACAAACUUCACUGAUUUAAAGAUCUUAAAACAGAACGGAGUGCACGUGCGCAAGGUUGACUUUGGGCGUCUGACAAAUGGUGUCCUGCACAGCAAAUUCUGGAUCGUGGACAGAAAGCAUAUGUUUGUAGGCAGUGCUAACAUGGACUGGAGGGCUCUGACACAGGUGAAAGAACUGGGCGUGGUCAUUUACAACUGCUCCAGUCUUGCAAGAGACCUCCAUAAGAUCUUCCUGUCUUACUGGGUGAUGGGACAUUCCAACAGCUCUUUGCCACACUCCUGGCCUUCCUCCUUAGACACUCACAUCAAUAAGAAGCGACCCCUUCUGGUUAAUGAUGGAAACAUCACCAGCAGAAUCUACCUUGCAGGUUCUCCACCAUCAUUCUGUCCUGCAUCACGGACUCAGGACCUGGAGGCCAUCAUCUCCAUCAUCUCUGAAGCGCAUCAUUCUAUUGACGUGGCUGUCAUGGAGUAUUUCCCCAGAGCACACCCACAUAGAUAUUGGCCCGAUAUUGACACCGCCCUCAGGAGAGCUGCGUUUGAGAGGAAGGUGAAGAUCCGGAUGCUUAUCAGCUGCAGGCAUAGCUCCUUAACUUUAAUGCUGCCUUUCCUUCAGUCCCUCGCCGCCCUGGACAGAAUCCAAAUAAAGUUGUUCAUCUUACCCGUGGUAAACCAGACAAACAUUCCCUUCAGUCAAGUCAACCAUAAUAAAUACAUGGUGACUGAAAAAGUGGCCUACAUCGGUACAUCUAACUGGUCAGGGGACUACUUUUUAAACACAGCUGGAGUGGGUCUGGUGAUUUCCCAGCAUGCUCCUUAUCCUUUAUGGAAGACCAAAACUGUGCAGGGCCACCUCAAGGCGGUGUUCAACAGAGACUGGGACUCUCAGUUUGCAGUGAACCUUGCUGAUCUGGGCCACCACCCAGAAUGUUUUUUGUCAACAUGAUGAUAAGCAAAGCUUUUUCUACAUCCAUGCAUUUAUUCACAACCAUGCUGUUUUUUUCAUCUGUAUAGCCACAAUUGUAUUUUAUUUUGGUCCAUUUGGGCAGGACACAUACUGCACAGUCGUCCCUUGUUUAUCGCUGUUAAUUGGUUCCAGACAUGACUGAUUAAAUAAAUGUACCCUUAAUACGAAUAAUGAAUUUUAAAUCAAAUAUUUUCAUAGCUAUAGUGUAAAAAACGGUUUACUAAGUAUGGUUUCCACAUAAUGAAAGCCCUUGAGAUUUAAAAAAAAACACCCUAAGUGACCUUAACUCUUUUAAUCCAAUAAAAGAGUUAAGGUCACUGAGCCAAUCAGUGACCAAGAUACUGAAGAGUGUGAUAUGAUUAGUUUGGUCUCAUCUUGUGGCCAGUGCUACUGUAGUAUUGAUAUUUUAGUUUAUUUAGCCAUGUGUAUGCUUCCAUCCAUCCAUCCAUUUUCUACCGCGUGUCCCGUUCGGGGUCGCGGGGGGUGCUGGAGCCUAUCUCAGCUACAUUCGGGCGGAAGGCGGGGUACACCCUGGACAAGUCGCCACCUCAUCGCAGGGCCAACACAGAUAGACAGACAACAUUCACACUCACAUUCACACACUAGGGCCAAUUUAGUGUUGCCAAUCAACCUAUCCCCAGGUGCAUGUCUUUGGAGGUGGGAGGAAGCCGGAGUACCCGGAGGGAACCCACGCAGUCACGGGGAGAACAUGCAAACUCCACACAGAAAGAUCCCAAGCCAGGGAUUGAACUCAGCACCUUUGUAUUGUGAGGCACAUGCACUAACCCCUGUGCUGCCAAUGUGUAUGCUUGAAAGUGCUUAAUUUAGGACCUAAAAUUGUAGGAUAUGCUUUAAUAAAAUAUCCCAAAAAAUCUGCGAUGUGGCAAGGGACCACUCUAUACUAGACAAACAGUUCACAUCCAAAUGGAAAAUUUAGUCUAAAUUGAUAAGAAAUAUUUGUUAUGCUUUCUGUGUGUCUGCUGUUCAAAACCCUGAAUCAAUGUAUUACUCUUAGAAAAUGUCAUUUAAAAAUGUAAAUUGUCCACCGAAUGCAUAUAAUAAUCAUUGCUAUUGUUUUCCUAGUUGAUGUGCAGUGUAUUUCUAUUAAAAAAUAGAAACCAAAUGACUUUGACAUCACAGCCUUUAUAUA